CAAGCGAGCCACUCUGCAAACAGUCCGUGCUGGUCCGCACCCGUGUAAAGUGUAGUUGAAUAAGCGUAUCGUGCCAGAGGAAUCGUCGGGCGCGCAAGGUACGUGCCGAUCGUUCGCGUUGCACACGCCUUAACCGAGCGCGCGCCGAGAGCGACCGUCCGUUCGUCCGUCCUUCCCGAGCGUCGCUUCUCGCGCAAACUCGUCGUCGGAUCGCGCGUUGGCUCCGUUCGGCGCGGCCACGGUGGCGACGGCGACGGCGACGACGACGACGGCGGCGGCGGUGGCGGUGGCGGCGGCGGCGGCGACGACGACGACGACGGCGGCUGGUGGUUAUGUGUUUUGGAUUCGCCAGCCCGUGUGUCCCGAUUAGAAUGACCGCGAGUGCCGCGCGCAUCCAUCGCGAGCUACACGACGAUCGUGUCGCGGCCAGAUAAAUCGGUGAGACAGACGAGGCGCCGACGACGAGGACGACGACGACGAUAACGUCGACAUCGGAGACGUCGACCGGAAAGAGAGAGAGAGGAGAGAGAGAAAGAGAGAGAGAGAGAGAUCGGCCCGCCGAGAGCGGCUGGCGGUACAAAACGGAUGCGCGAAUGCGCCCUACGCCGCUAGCUGCGUUCACCGAUCCCUCCAGCGAAGCCCGGCCAGCUAGUUAUGCUCUGCGAGCUAUGCGAGCUCGCGCUCAUCGCACGCUCGCCCGCGCCUACUGGGACUACUACGGGUGUUAUGCACCGUUGAUGUGCAUCCCGGUGUUUUAAUAUAUACGGGCUCGGCAUUCACACGCGCACAUCAUACAUACAUACAUACAUUUAUACAUACAUACAUAUAUACAUACAUACACACACACACACACACAUACUGAUCCAUACACACGCAUACAUAUGUAAAAUAUCUAUACACAUAUAUAUAUAUACACAUAUAUAUAUAUGUACAUCGCCGGGCGGCGGAAGUGUUUUGCUCGAUUCUCCUCGUCGCGCGCGCACAGACUGCGCUACACUGCGCGCUAUACGAGCCUCCACAUCGCCACCUCUCUCUUUCUUUUUCGCCUGCCGCGGCGCCGGGUACGGCCUACCAAGGAAGCGCGAUUCGCGCUCGCCCGCGCGCUCCGUUUCGACUCGACUGAGCCCGAAGCCGACCCCCCGACGCCGAUCUUCGCCAAGCUCCACCGUGUCUGUCCCACCCUGACGUGAUUCGCCCGGUUCGCCCGCCACACGACGGGUUAUGUUUCCAACUUUCAUCGGGAUCCUAGACAUUCAAUCGUGGUGGGAGGUGCCAAGUAUAGCACACUUUUGCUCAUUAUUUAGAGCUGCCUUCAAUCUUCUGGAUUUUGAUAUCGAGGAUUUAGAAGAAGCUUUACUAACCGACGGAGGUACGGAGGGACGACUUCUUCAGGAGCUAAUAGUAAAAUUGUUGGAAGGCUGUUUGCCAAAUGACACUCGCAAUGACAUCUCUACCUUUAAUUAUCAGAUGUUUUUGCGUAGACUCUUUCGGAAGAAAUGUCAAGAAUACAAAUAUGAAAACCCUUUCAAUACAGACGUAGACUUUGAGUUGUUGCCUCUUCGUCAGAAAGUAGAGAUACUACGUGCUCUCUGUGACUUCAGGCUAGACGCCGAAGACGUAGAGCAGUCGUUAAGUAAUUUGGACUCGGAUAGCCUGCGAGUCGAACCUUUGGGACAUGAUCGUAAGAAUUCUGCCUACUGGUACUUCUACGGCACUCGACUGUACAGGGAGGAUUAUAUUGAUACUUCUAACAGUGCCUCAUACAAGCAGAAAAGCAAGCCACGGGACAAAAAGCGUAAAAGACGACGGAACAGAGUGGCGAAGGAGGAACAGGAAGAGGAGGAGAAGGAGGAAGUUAGUUUAAUAGACAGCGAGAACAAGGGACGAGAGAGCGUUUGGCAAGUUGUUUGUUUCACUCAACAAGACUGGAGCAGACUGGUUGAAAAAUUUCGUGACUCGGUAACGAUUGCUUCUGGUGAAUACGACACCGAGCGUAAACUUUAUCGUACAUUGUCCGAAGACUUCAUGCCGGAAAUACCAAAGUUGUUUGAUUUGAAAGAGAAACAGCAAAGGCGCAAACUAUUACAGCGUAACAGCUCACGAGUGCUCCGAAGCCAGGAACCUACCACACAGAUGGACGCAGUCAUGGUCAGGUCCAAGAUUAAGACUAAAACGACCAAAGGGACUAAAAAGGAGCCAGGCACGAAAGCUGUUUACGUUAAGGAAGAGACCUCGCCGCCGAUGCCAAAUCCGCCGAUUCAGAAGAAAGGACGGCAAACAAACAAUUCCCUAGCCUCAGCUGUUGGUCAGAUUGUUAUUCACACGCGGGACGAGGUACAGGACUUGGAGAAGAAGAAAGGCAUCGGUAAUCAUGGCGAUGGUAAUUAUGUGUCGUGCAAUUAUACGGGGUAUAGAUUUGGCUAUUCCUUCGGCAUCGAAGAGGAAGAACGCCGCGUUGGAAUGCACAAAGUACUCGAAAGUGUUAAAGAUCAUACGGACGCCUGGCCAUUUAUUGAUCCUGUUGAUGAAGAGUAUGCACCGAGGUGCGGAUUCUUACAAAUAUUCGAUUUUUGGUAUUAUAGUGUGGUACGAAGGCCUAUGGAUCUCAGUACUAUGGAGGAGAAAUUGGAAGGCGGCUCGUACAAGAGUUUAAGUCAGUUUAAACGCGAUUUCCGACUUAUUGUUGAUAAUUGUAGGCAGUACAAUGGUUCAGAUAAUGAAUAUACGGAAAUGGCGGUUAAUCUUAAAGAAGCUUUCGACAAGGCUGUGAAUCGUUAUUUGGAAUCAGAGACGUCCAGUGAUGAAGAUCCUGCAUCUCCUCGAUCGUUAGCUGGAACGCCAACAUCUCCAUCUUACCCGUCACGCCUUUUAUCUUCUUCGCAUCACAACGCACGCAAACGUUCGAAAAAGUCAACCAAAAAAUCUAAGUCAUAUAAACCCGAAAGUAGAGCCAAGUCUAAGAGUGAAAAGGUGGAUGAAGAUGAAAAGAGGAAUAAAAGUAUCAAGAUUACUAAAAAGAAAAGGGGAAAGAAGAAAGGUAAAAAGGUGAAAGAGGAAGAGCUGGAUGAGGAUGAAGAGGAACAGGAAGACCAAGAAAGUGAAGAUGCAAUAUCCGAAACCAGCAUUGCAACAUCAAAGAGAAGGAAAAAUGUUGAUGUAAACAAUUUACUUAAAACCAAAAAACUAUCCUCUAAAGAAGCAGAAGAAUUGAAAACUCCUAACAAAAAAACAAGCAAAGAACGACAUAAACCGAAAAAAGAUUCGGAAAUCGUACGAUCUGCGAAAGAAACAAAAGAGAAUAAGAAGCGAAAAGAAGAUUUCGAGGAAGAUUAUGAGCCUCUAGUAAUCGUGAAGAGUAAAAGUAGAAAAAUCGAAAGGAAGGAGCUUGAGGAAACCGGAAUAUUAGCGGACAAUGCCAAGAAAAACGCUAAAAAAAUCGAAGUGGAAGAAAGCGACACGGUUUUCAAGGAAGAUAAAAAGCAAUCUUCACACGUCAAAAUGAAAAAGAGUCGUAAGAAAGAGAAGGCGAGCUUAAAAACUGCAGCAAAAGCUGAUGAAAAGUCCGACAAGAGCCAUACGAAAGAGAAAGAGAAGAAAUCAAAACAGAAGAACGAAGAACUGAAAAACGGAGAGUUGAAAAGCCAGGCGGAUCCCAAAGAUGUAGAAUUAGAAAGUGCUUUAGAUUCAAAGCAUACUCACGCCUCCAAAAAACUCUCCGCAUUAAUUGGUAAUAAAGAUUUAGAGUCGCUUGAUAGUUUAAAGGAUAAGAUAAGUGAUAGGAGACGCGAGGAGAAGUUGAAAAACGAAAAAGAGAAGCAAAGGAAAGCGGUAAAAAACGACACUCAUGGUGUCUUUUCAAAAAAAGUGCCUUCAAAUGGUAGUACUUUUCAUGACAAUGACAAAGAUAGUGCAAAGCGAUCAAAGUCAAAGAAAGGUACGAAGGAAGAUAAGAACACGGUUAACGACGACACAAUUAAGAAUCAAGACUCGGAAAUUAAUGAAAAGAAAGUCGCUCAAACUAAACAUACCAAAGGACUAGGAGCAGAAGAGAAUUCUCUGAGUCAAGCGUUAAAUCAAGCGACGGAGAAGACGCUUCAUGACAUCAAUAAAUGGCUCGAUGACGCACCAAAACUGUCAGGAUUCUCUUCUGGCAGCGACUCUCCAAUGUCUCACACUCCAGUCGAAUCCAGUCGAUCGGGAACGAAAGCAGAGGCUGCGCGAAAGAGACCGAGUUCUAUUAAGAUAUUUGGGCCUCACGGACCAAGUCGACCGAAGAAGAUACAACGCACAAUGAACCGCUUGCAGCCGGGCAAGAGCAAAGGGAACUUGCUUCUGAAAAAACCACUCAAUAUACCCAACACUAACACCAACGACGCGGUCUACGCUACUAGCGAUAACGACCAGCCGAGCAAGGAUAACGACGAAGAGCCGAAGCUUAGCUUAGGUACCGUUCUGAAGAACGUGGAUUCCAUUCAAUUGAUCUGCAAAAGUCUGGUGCCAUCACCCAAUCCCAAUUUGUCGAACGACGAUGAGGAAGAGGACCACGCGCGCACACCGUCUCGGGCUUCUAGUAUCAAAGAAGAGAAAACAGUGAGUCUGAAAGGUGCUACGGGUGGCACGUCGAGUGCAGCGGACGAGAAGGAGUCUCGACCCAGCACGGAGGAGUCGCAGAAACCAAAGUCCGCCACGCCGAACUUGAGUGCCUGGUUCAAAGCUUUCGGAGCGCCAAAAUCAAAAAAGAAGGACGACGAGACGGAGGAGGCCACGGCGAAGAAGGAUGGCGACUUACAGGAGGUGUUCUGCGGCAGGCAGCGGCGGAUGAGUACCGGCGGCAGUAGUGUCAGUGAGUCGGUGUCCAGUUUUUCUCAGGAAUCGCCGCCGGCUUCGCGCGCGGUCCGUUCCCCUCAGAAUCAGCCAGUGGUGACCACGAACGAGCCGCCGAUAAGAGGCGCGGGUUUCUACCAGGACGCAUUGUCGACCGGCAGCAGUCCUUACAACAGCCCUUUUUACGCAACGCCUCCGAGAUACAGCGCGCAAUUGCCGCCCACGCCGUCGCCGCAAAAUCACCCCCUGUCUCCGGCUUACCCGUCGUCCGCCUCUUACGAGCAGCCACCACCCCCGUAUCCUCAGGUGCACGCCCAUCAGUCGCCACACCAGUCGCCGUAUCAAAAAUCCUCGCCACAAGAGAACGCCAGCGAGACAUAUCCGCAAAUGUCUCCGACAUUUCCGCAACGCUCGCCGCAGAGCAGCUUCCCUCCUCAGAACACGGUGCAGGGCGACUCCUAUACGCAGCAGUUGCCCAGCAACAAUCAAAAUCAAUCGCCCGUUUAUUCGCAGCACUCGCCGCAACCGAUUCAGCCGGUCUACCCUCAGCCGUCGCCCCAGACGCCGCCGUCGAAUUACUCGCAGCCUUCGCCGCAACAGCCACCUACGGCGAAGUACUCACAGCCAUCUCCUCAGCAGAACGCCGUCGCCAAUUAUUCUCAACCCUCCCCGCAGGCAGUUGCUAAUUACUCGCAAGCAUCUCCGCAACAGCAGCAUUCCCCUUACUCGCAGCCUUCCCCUCAAGCACCGCCGAAUUACUCGCAAGCGUCGCCACAACAGCAGCACUCGCCGUAUGCGCAGUCUUCUCCUCAGCAAUCCGCCGGCUACUCUCAACUUUCGCCGCAGCCGCCUGCGAAUUAUUCUCAACCUUCACCUCAACCGCCCAGCGUGUAUUCGCAGCCAUCUCCCCAACCGCCAGGCUUCUCUCAGCCAUCGCCGCAGGCGCACUCCGCCAACUACUCGCAGCCGUCGCCGCAGCCUCUGAACUCGUAUCCGCAGGCGUCCCCGCAGCCGCGGAACUACUCGCAGCCGUCGCCACAGCAGAUCCAGACCUUCGCCCAACACUCGCCGCAGACGCAGCCAGCUUACUCGCAAUCGUCGCCGCAGAACAGCCCGUACUCGCAGUCGUCGCCGCAAUCGUUGACCAAUUAUUCGCAGCCGUCUCCUCAGCAGCCGACUACGUACUCGCAUCCGCUGCACUCGCCGCAGACCCCGUCGAGCUACUCACAGCUCUCGCCACAGCAGACGCCAGCGGCGAACUAUUCGCAAUCCUCGCCUCAGCGUAAGUCGACCUGCCCGCCUGUGCAGACUCCGCAGCAAUCGCCGAGUUACCAGCAACCCUCCCCCCAACAACCGCCGAAUUACUCGCAGCUGCAGUCCUCGAAGAAUUCGGAAGAAUAUUCCGCGACUACGACAUCGCCGGCGCCGUCGAGCUAUCCCCAGGGCUUCAAGCAGAACCCCGCAUACGUUCAACAGUCACCGACGACGUCGUCAGUGAGCGAGCCCGAACACCAACGAACGGAAUAUCUCAAGUCCAACGUUAGCGAGAAGGCCGCGACGACGAGCGACCAGCAGAGGAACUUCCCCGUCCAGUCGGAAUCGUCGUUAAACCUGAACGCGAAUCAUCAGAUCUACCAGUCGCCGAGUCAGUAUCCGCCGACGUAUCCGAACAGUUACACCAACAUUGAGCUCCAGAGAUCUGCUUCGCGACACGGCUGUCCAGAACAGACGCAGCAGUCGACGACGGCGCAGGAGCGAGCCAGCUUCUCCGAGAUCAGCGACAGCCUGAACGCACAGAAAUACGCGCAGUCACGCGGUUUUCUCAGCAAGACGUCCGGCAGCGGGGAGCAACUGGUGGCGCAGGAUCAGACGCAGCUGUUAACAUUCCAACAGAACCUGACGGCACAUGAGUCGCUUUACCAGAGCGGCUUCCAGCCAUCCGGUUACCCGCUAGCGAACUCGAGAGCAGUGUAUCAUAGUCCUCAUUACUUCGACACGACCAGCAAGUCUACCAGCAGCGCCGGCACUACCAGUCCAGCGGCAGCCAGCGGUAACCUUCCACCUGUGAAGAAACGCGUGUAUAACGAGCCAUCGUCCGGCGAUUCCGGCAGCUCGCGCAGCCUGCCGCAGGAGAGUUCGACGCGCGCAACUCAGGAACAGUUUGGCUUCGAUCCGAUGAUGGCUUUGCCGCAACCGGACGCCGUCUCCGCCAGUCAAUUCGACGCCGCGUACGUCGGUAGCCUCGCCGACUCAGUAGCAUCCAAUCCGGCAUAUGCACGGUUGAGCCUCGGCUUGGUGGGUCGACCAGGCAAAGAGCAACAGCAGCUGCUGACGAUCCCGCGGCCACCUGCGACGAAACCGGAACAUCUGGCCUAUGGGCGUGGCUCUGCACCAGGGGCGGAGUUAGAUCUGAAUCUGUUGCAAAGUCUGCAGAGCGCAGCGGCGAAGAACAGCCCAGGCAUCUUGGCGAUGUCGCGUCGAGCAGGCGAGAGCGCUGCGCCCACCACCACGACGUCGUCUAAGCCGAAGAAGAGCAGAAAGAGCAAGCAGCAACAGCAGCAGCAACAAGAGCAACAGAACGCAGCCGCAACUACUGUGUCGGCGACGGCCACCGUGACGUCCACCGUCGGAGCUGACCAGCAGCCCGGCAUACCUGCCUUCCCGCAGUACGCGGCCGCGUCUGCCGACUCCAUCGGCUUGAAGAGCGCCGCUGCGGUGGUACCGGCUGCCGGCAGUGCCUUCAACUUUGCCGCGUCCACGAGUACGACCGGCAGCGCGCCGUUCUACGACAAGGACGCCACUGCCGCGGCGGCGUUCGCUUUUUUGGACGAGUUCCGAAAUCCUACCAGCUACUACAACAUGGCCCUACGACAGCAGCAGCAACAACAGCAGCAGCAACAGCAGCAGCAGUCGGUGCCGCCAGUGACGGACGCUUCCCAGUCGGCCUGCAACAAGCUCGCCAACCAGACGCCCAGGAACUACGCGCCGCAUCCGUUUCUUCAUUCGGCAGCCGCUGCUCAGAGGUCGGCGGCCUACGGCCCGCCGGUAUCCGCCUACGUACCGCACGGGCCCAACUUAGCCAUGGAUCCGACCGCUUAUCAACAGUACAUACAUUCUCUCUAUGCUCUUCAGCCGCCGCCGCAUCAUCACAGACCGUCCUGGCUUUAGCCAUAACUAGAAUCGCUGUGAGCUCUGCGUGACUCAGUCCAGACAGACUGAAAUAGUACUCUGUAGUAGGGCUGCCAAGUAUUCGGAUAUCUGACUAUUCGGAUAUCCAUGAUCGGUUUCGACUCGAAAACUCUGAAGCAUAUUAUUUGGAUCAAAAUUCAGACCAUAAGAAGAUUCGAAUCCAGAUUUGAAUCCAGGAUCAAAAUCCGGAUGUAGAAUCGAGAUCUAAAGCCGCGAAUAUUGAUUCAAAUUAAAUAAAAAAAAACUAGCAAACCAAUAAAUAAGAAUAUUGAUCUAAUUUAAUAAAAAAAUUAUACAUUCGAUGUAAUUAUUAUUUAAAUACAUAAACAGGCACUAUUUUCUCAUGUUAAGACCCAGUUCCACAAACUCCAGUUAACUGGCUGGUGGACUUGACCAAUCGCAUUUGAUAUUUAAGAAGAGUUAAUCAGAAUUAACCAAUCACUAUUGGGACUUAACUGGUAGUUAAAAUUAAACGGAUGUUGUGGAACUUGGCCUAAGUCAUCAAAUUAAAGUUAAAAGUAUCGGCUACAUCCCGCAAAGAAAGUUACUUUACAAUUUUUGUCAAAUUCGUGAUUUAUGUAUGCUCUUAUUUAAAAUAAGAGCAUACACUAACCAAAUUCACCAAUUUUACAAUAGCCGCAAAACAGUUUUCUUUGCUAAACAUAGCCAUUGAUUAUUUAUUGAUUGUUAAGUUUUCGAGAGGAAUCUGUGUCUGGUCGAUUCGCUUACAAGCUGAGAUCUGGAAUCGAUGUUUGAUCGACUGUUCGGGUUUCUUGAAAAAUCUGAAUUUUUUACAUUUAUUUACUAUCCGGAUAGUGUCAGAUUCGGAGAAACGUUGGAGCUCUACUCUUCAGGUUUCCUUCACAGUGGACCGUGAUAUAACGCGGCGGAGGUGUUGGAAGAAUAGGGGGAUAUGUAUGUGUGUGUGUGUGUGUGUAUGUGUGGUCCAGCUCUCACACGUCUAAUACCAAAUAAAAAAAUCGAAAGUCUCUUAACGAGCUCAUAUGAGAGAGAGGAAGAGACCGGACAGUGCGCCUUGGACAAUUUUGUUUUCUUUCGGAAGGGACAUCCUCCUCACAACUUGUCUUUUUUUCAUUUAUUGCUUCCCUUUUUGCGCAAUUGAUCGUCGUUAGACACGUAUCCACAACACUACGGAAUCAGAUGACGAUUUGUAGGUUUCUUUGUCCUCCUCCGCUCGACUUUCUUUUUACGAGGAAGCGACGAGAAUUUUGGCAUUUUUACACACUAAGGAGGGAGGAGGUCUUAGCUUCUGUCCGAUGAAAUCCAGAGAAAAAAAGAACACGUUAUAUGUAGCCAUAUGUAAAUAAAGCCUACUUUCGAUGUAGGAAUUUUUGAUAGUUUUCUAAAAUGAGACUAUAUUAGCCGGCAGGUUUUUGAUAGCUCUAAGGCGAGAUCGCUAGCGCCGAGAAUAAGUCGAUCGCACUUCUAUCAAAAGUUCCUCCGUGUUAGCGAGCGCGCGAUAGCGUUUCUUGUCGGUGUGUAUGUGUGUGUGUGUGAGUGUGUGUGUGUGUGCGCGCGCGCGUGUGUGUGUGUGUGUGUCGGGACGCAGAAGUAUGCAAUAUUCGAUUUGCCGUUUAUUAGUGACGGUCCCAAUAGCUACGCGCGGUUCGGGUCCAUGAUUCGCUGAUUGUCAUCUUAGCCGUCGGUUAUCACGUUGAUUUUGUCCUCCAUUGUUCUUUCAAUCCUUAGAAAUUAAUCGUCGACCAUUAGAGAUGUACGUAAAAAUUCUGCAGAAAUGAGAGAGGAUUUAUGUAUAAAUAUAUCGAACGCACUUUGUUGCUGUAGCGGCAUUCCGUACGAUAUUAGCGUUAUUCGUCGAUAAUUUCGAUUGUUAACACGUCACGCUGAUCGACUACCUUAAACUACAUCAAACAUCCGUGAUGCUUGCGACGUUAUUUUCCAGGUUAACGUCAACUGCGUAUUUAUCGUGAAACGUAGGGCUGCUACUUGACUCUUCGCGGUUGCGAUACCUUAAAAGUGAAAGCGCUUCUAGGAAUAUCUCGACUCUGCAAAGAGUCAAACGCGAGCGAGACGGUUGCCGGUUGAUAAUGUUCGCACAGCAAACUAAGAUGUUUAACCUUUAGAGGUCCGGAAAACCAAUAUUUUGGCGCACCAGAAUAACUUGUUCAAUUUUUUUUUUAUUAAAUAUUCAUUUUCUUAAUAUUAUUAGCAAUUUUUAAUAUUAAUUUUUGAUAUCCGCACUUUCAAAUAAAAAAAAUUAAAAUUACGUGAUAAAAGGGGUAGUUUUUGUAAUUUUAUAGGGGUUGUUUUCAGGUUUAUUGUAUUUUUGAUAUCAGAUUUGGAUUCUACGUCGAAAAAUACAUCAGAAACGCAUAUUUACACUUACAAAUUGAUGUGAAAGAAGUAUUUUUUUCGAAUUUGAAAUUUUAUAUACGGGCUGAUCCCUUCCGGACCGGAAAGCCAAUAUAUUGGCGCUAUCUAUGAUCGAUACUUAGUAUAUAGUCAAUCCAUGAUAUAAGAUACCUUUUUUACCACUUUAUUAAGGCGGAUAUGCCCUCUCAAAUCCCGGCCCUCUAAAGGUUAAUGAUGUGUCGAUGUGUGCUGUGCGAUCACUAUGCAGCUGAGUCGUAUCAAUGUCGAGUUAAUAAUGGAGAUCACGUCGAAUAUGGUUAACACGGUAAAGAAUAUCGCUACUGGUGUACGUUAUGUAGAUUACUUAGCGACGUAAGGAUAGCACAUAAGUUAGGCUUUCUUUGUAUAUAUAAAACACAUAUCUCGCAUAGACGAUGUGCUCGAUGUAAAGUGAGAUCAAGACGCAGGAUUAUGAAUGAUGAGUUAUGACUGGCAAGUGAUUGAGGAGGAGGCGUACUGGAGGAAAACGUAUGAAAAGAAAAGGCGCAUAAUAGUAAUAUACAUACAGAUCACACAAAUAUAUGUAUAUAUAUAUAUAUAUAUAUAUAUAUAUAUAUAUAUAUGUGUGUGUGCGUGUAUGUGUGUGAUACAUGCGCGAAACAAAGACGAAAUAUACUGUAACACGCCGCUAUCAUCAUACACAUUAACUCAUCUUUAUCGCUGAGACGAAUCUGAAGCAUUGACAGAAGAAGCAGUAUAUUGAAACUUAUAAAUAUAUACAUAUAUAUUGUAAAUGUAUAUUGUAAAUGUAUCGACAGAUUAAAACACAGUUUGUUACAAAAUCACGAGGUUUCAUUCCGUGAUCAUUUCGCCAGCUUUUGUCAGUCGUAUCCCAGUAAACACAAAGUA